UAACUUUUUAUAUAUCACUUUUUGGCUCCCACUAAUAUAUGUGUAUUGUCGUGAAUGCGAUGUCUCUUAAUGGUAAUCUUGGUCCUAUAGCCGGGGAUAAAUCAAUGUUAAACAAAUGCCUUUCAUCUUCGUCUGAAGUUAUGAAUAUUGGUCAUAUUAAUGCCCAGAGUCUUUGCCCCUCUGCAUCCAGCACAAAAUUAGAUGAAUUUAAAUGUUUUUUCUACAAUAGUCUUCUUGACAUCAUUGGAGUUUCAGAAACUUGGUUUAAACCUCACUUAAUAUCCCAAUCGUUGACACUUUCCGGUUAUAAUCUUGUAAGAAAUGAUCGUAUCAGGAAUACUACUUCGAAUAAUAGUGGCCCAACCAGAGGUGGCGGCGUUUGCCUUUACAUAUCUAAUAAACUUCGUUACCGCAUACUCUUUCGUGCUGAACAAUAUGGAGUUUGUGAGUCUUUAUUUGUCGAAGUUUUUGGAAAUGGAACCUCUGUAAUUGUUGGUGUUGUAUAUUUACCCGGCGGCGACAUUAAUGCAUUUGAAAGUAUCCAUAAUAACUUAUUUGAUCAAUACAAUAAUAUUAUUGUUAUGGGAGAUUUUAACCAUAAUCUUUUUGAUAUUGUUAAAUCACGCAAUUUACGUUCUUUAAUUUCUAGAUGUGGCCUUCACUGUAUACACAAUUGCCUACCUACACAUAUUUUCCCACCUAAUAAUGCUACUUCUUUGCUAGACUACUUUCUCCUGAGUCAACCAUCUUCUGUUGUUUACAAAAACCAGAUACAAAUUCCAUUUUUUUCAUCUUACCAUAGUUUCAUCUUUCUAUGCAUUAAAUUUCCCUCUCAAUUACGUAGUACCUGGAUUGAAUUUAAGGAUUACAAUCGCCUGAAUUUUGAGAACAUAAAUAAGUACGACAAUAUGGAAAAUUUUGAGAUAAAUUUGAAUGUUCACCUUAACUCAAUAUCUAGUUGGAUGUAUACAAAUAGUCUUGAGAUAAAUCCAACUAAGACAAAGGCCUUAAGUUUUAAUUUAACUAACCGAACUUUUUCAUUUCCAAGAAUAUCUAUUAACGGACAGGCAAUUUUAUUUGUGGAAUCUCUCAGAUGCCUCGGUGUAAUUAUUGAUUCUAAGUUAAAUUUUAAUGAACAUAUCAAUUUAAUUGCUAAUAAAACUUGUCUUAUUUUAAGAAGACUUUACUCGUUAAGAGCGUUUACUCCCAAACAUGUAAGGAGCCGACUUGCCUUUUCACUUAUCAUGUCCCGAAUUAACUAUUGUCUCGAAGUUUUUUCAGCAACGUGGUCUUAUAAUCUUAAUAUUAUUGAAGCAACUGUUCGAAAGGUAAUUCGUUAUGUAUUUAAUUUAAGAGCUCUAGAGCAUGAUCGUACUUCGAUGCUCACUCCAGUAUUCUUGAAAUGUAGUUUUAAUAAUUAUAUUAAUCUACGUAUUUUACUUUAUUUCUACAAGGUUAUAAAAUCCGGUAAACCAAUAUCACUUGUAAAUCAAUUUUCAUUCAUAAACUCAACACGAAAUAUUCAAAUUUUUAUUCCUCUGGGACAUCUUUCUGUGUUUGAUCGAUCUUUUGUAAAAAGAAUCCAUCAUACUUGGAGCUUACUACCCAACCAUCUCAAACAAUUUUCUUAUUCUUCUCAUACUUAUAAGAAGAAACUCUUAGAUUUUUUUAAUGAAAAUCAGUAGCAUGAUUAGACAUUGUUUUUAACCUACAUCAACCUUUGGUUAUAGGAUUAUUAUUAUUAUUUCUUGAUAUUUAAUUUUUGACAAUACAUACAUAUAUGGCUGGGGAGCCAAAUCGACUUUUCUAGUAUAGUUAUCUGUCUCGCUCAUGGUUAUUUGUCACGGGCUUGUACAAUAAAUUUUUACUACAAUAUUUGUUCUACAAGCUCUGAUAAAUUCUUAUGAAUAUGACAGUAUAUAUAUACCUAUAUAUAUAUAUAUCUAAUGAUUACUGUAUCUUAUUUUGUAUUUAUAUAAAAUUAAUUAAUCUAUUACAUAGUUAUUAAUCUUACAAUACAUAUUUUAUUGGCCAUGAAGGCUUUCUUUGUAUUGAUAUUAAUAAAUAAAUAAAAUAAAAAAUAAAUAAAAUAAAAU